AUGCUUGAGUAUGCAACUAAGUUUACGAUGAAUGGCAAGUACAUUGUCAGGCUAUCUGGAAAGAAUACAUACGUUGGCCUGUUUACGCUUGAUGCUCUGCGCGGUGUCGGUGAUGUUCCAGAGUUGGAUAUCUUGGAACGCUCCAUGCUUAGCAAGAUGAAACUUCGACCAUUGUCUGAUGAAGAGAGAAAGACGCUUUUCAACGAGGAGAUCGAAGUAGAAGAAGAAGUACCAGUAGAAGGACCAACAGAUAAAUCCAAGGUGAUAUGGAAAAAACUUAACAAGUACUUGGAAUAUUCCGAGAAUGUACUUGUAAAUGGAAUGCACAUUCUCAAGAUGCGCAAAAAAGACACUGUAAUCGGCUUGAUGACUGAUGACCAUAUUGCUGCAGAGAAUGUAGAGUGUCAUUCUCUUAGCCAGAAGGAAAAAGAGAAGUUGUUUGCUAUGGGAUUUAAACCGCAUGAGCAUAAGCAAAGCUUGCCACAGAAAGAUGAGAGCACAUGUGAGGAUGAUAAAGAUGCUGAGGGCGAUAAAGAUGCUGAGGAUGACAAAGAUGCGGUGGGUGAUAAAGAUGCUGAAGAUGACAAAGAUGCUGAGGGUGAUAACGAUGCUGAGGAUGACAAAGAUGCUGAGGGUGAUAACGAUGCUGAAGAUGAUAAAGAUGCUGAGGAUGAUAAAGAUGCUGAGGAUGUUAUGUGGAAAAGUCGAGACAAAUUUACCAACAACAAACAAAAGCAGAAGUUAAUUGCCAUGGGGUUCACGAUCGAGGAAUUGCCUAAAUUGUACUCUCCAGAUGUAAAGUUUUGGUAG